CUGGAAGUACAUGAAAGAUAUUUUUAUUGCCAGUGGCUUGAGUCUGUGAUAGAAAAUAUCUGUGAUACGAAAUAUAUUUCAUGAAAACAAACACCUGGAUAUGAAGUAAUGUAUAGUAAUUCGCAUUACUACAUAAUAAGAUAUUAACACCAGUACAAGCUAUUCAAGAUAAAAAUACGCCUUUUGAUGCUCGCUUUACAACACUACAUUCCAGUGUUGCCGUACCACGCCAAGGACGAAGAUUUUCGAAGAUGAAACAAGAAUCCCGUGAACCCUAAAAAUGUCAACGGCUGCUGUUUCAUUGUCCAAAAUGAGCUGAAUAAUGCGGCAGCCAGCCAAUGUACAUCCAUCUCACACUGACGCCAUCUUCCAACUGGCCAUGAAUGCUGAAUGACACGCACGACUAUGACGUCACAUCAACACUCAUGACGAUACUCAUGCGAUGGUGGCGCUAUCUGUCGGUGACCGACCCAACUACUAAGUGCCAGUUAGUGAUUUGAUGCUAUUUUUUGGCGGCACGCAGCUAUAUGGGGAGUCGAGCUUCCUUACUCUACCUUCCUUGCAAGCGACACCUUGUCCCCCAGCAACAGGGAAAAGUGACCAUAUCAAACAUCCCUCCUUCCACCACACCCUGCCUCUACCAGACAUAGGGAAUGUGGUUGUAAAUAUUAUCCUCCAAGGAAGUAGUCCACUUCCAGCAGGACAACAGCCAUGGAUCCACUUGGAGGACAGCCGAUACCUCAGGCAACAGUUCAGCCAGCUGUUUGGUAUAACUACAGUACAUACAAUGAACUUCUUGUUAAUCCGGUGCAAGUGCAGGUGGCUGUGCCAACAGUUCAGAUGGUUGCUGCACCAUCACAGACUCCUACUCCUGCACCAACACCUGUUCAAACACCUGUACCACAGGAUCAAGUAGCCUUAACUGUCACUAUGGUUCCAUCAAAGUCAAAAAAAACAAAAAAAAAUUCACCUGAUAAUCAAGAACGUAAUUUUCAUUGUGAAGAGUGUUGUUCUUCUUUUACCAAUAGUUCUAACCUUCGGAGUCAUAUGCGCAUUCAUUCUGGUGUGAGACCAUAUGUGUGCGUUGAAUGUGGAAAAUCUUUUAUUCAAAGCUCCAAUUUAAAGGCACAUAAGCGUGUACACACAGGUGAACGGCCAUAUCAGUGCUCAGAAUGUGGCCAGACAUUUUCUAGGUCUUCGCACCUAGUAGGUCAUAAACGUACCCAUACAGGAGAAAGACCUUACAUCUGUGGUAUCUGUGGAGAAGCAUUUUUCACAUCAUCACACUUAAGAAAUCAUGUGCGACGACACACUGGAGAAAAACCAUAUGUUUGUCAGUUUUGUGGAGAUGCUUUUGGACAAAGUGUAGAACUGAGAGUUCAUAUGCGACACCACACAGGAGAGAAACCUUUCAAUUGCCAUGAGUGUGAUACAGCAUUUGUAACUACUCGUGAUCUUAAGGCUCAUCGCAAAACACAUCACUUAGGCUCUAAACCUUUCAAAUGUGAACAGUGUGAUAGAUUUUUUCGCACCCCCACAUUUUUGAGUAAACACCAGCUUCGUUGUAAUGGCCCAAGACCCAAACGGCCCAAAGGGAGACCUCGCAAAUAUCCAAGACUUGAUGGAGAGGAACCACCUUGGAAAAAGCCCAAGAAGCGAAAGAACAAACAACCUGCUGCUCCCACUGAUAGAGUUUCACGAUCUAGGACCAGAGCAAUUCGUGAUGCUCAGUUAAAACAAGAGGAAGAUGACUUACUUGAUGAAGUGGAGAGGGAAAACAAUUCUGAGCAUCAACAGGAAGAAAAUGAAGUUGACUGUGAGCCAAUGCACAUACAUAUAGAUGAAAAUUCUCAUUUGAAAUCAGAAGGAUUGGUAUCCGAUGCGCAUAUCUCACAACUCCCAAUGGUUCCAAUGGUACAAGUGAUGUUAGACAACCUUGGGCAUGAAGCUGAUGGUUUGGAGCACUCUCAACCACAGGCUCUAGUGCUUCAAUCUGCAUCAUCUGCUGUACAUGCAAUUCAUGGUUUACCUGAACAAAGCCAACAUCAAAUUGGAGUUAUAGAUCUAUCUGGCCAACACAUACAUCAGGAUGAUCACCAACAGGUGGUUUCUGUUAGUCAGAGCCUUGCCAUGGUUUCUACACAUCAACCAUUGACUACAGUUACAGCUAGCCAUCAGCAGCUGCCAGUGAUCAGUGCACAUCAGCAGUUAGCAUCUGGAGCACCACAUCAGCAGUUGACUGCUGUGACAGGACAUCAAAUGCCAGUUGUGACAGCCCAUCAGCAGAUGCCAGCUAUGACAACACAUCAGCAGAUGCCAGCUGUGACAGCACAUCAACAAUUGCCUGCUGUUACUACUCAUCAACAAUUACCAGUUGUGACAGCACAUCAACAAUUGCCAGUAGUGACAGCACAUCAGCAAGUACUGGCUGUGAAUGCUCAUAAGCAGGUUCAUAGUGGCCCUCAUCAGUUACCAGUGGUAGCUGCUCAUCAGCAAACUGUGAGUGCUCAUCAGCAGUUAACUGUAGUAAAUGCACACCAGCAAACAAUGAGUGCCCAUCAACAGUUACCUGUGGUAUCUGCUCACCAGCAAGUUGUUAACCAUCAGCAGUUGCCUGCUGUAACUGCUCAUCAACAAAAUGUUAGUGCACAUCAGCAGGUUGUUGUUUCAGCCCACCAGCCUGUCUCAGUUGUAACAGCUCAUCAACAGGGCUUAGUUGUUUCAGCCCACCAGCAAGUGCCUGCUGUGUCUGCUCCUAAGCAGAGUGUUCAUGGUACAAGUGAGAGUUCCCAGGUGAUAUAUGGAUCAGGACAACCGUAUGUGGUAGAUCUCUCUAGCCCUGCACUUACCACACAGGUUCCCAUUGUCAAUCAAGCCAUUGCAACUACUCAUUACACCAGACCAUAGUAUAAUGUUUGCUAAUUGGUGACAUUUAACUUGUAUCUAAUGGUUGACACCACAUGAGUUUAAUUGGGAAAAUUGGUUUCUCACCUGAAUCACACCAGCUCAAGUGGAAGACUAUAUACUGUAGUCUUAAAGUUAAUUAUUUUAGCACUAAGUUAAACGGAAACUCUUAGUGAUCUGUUAACCUAAAGUCCCUUGAAGGCCAACAUACGAUUAGGUCACAGUAAGAUUUAAAAUGCUGGAAUCUUCAAAGUAUAUUAUGUUAAUAUGCAUUAGUACUGUAUUAUUACCAUUCUCACUGGUGUUUUUGCAUUUGUAAUUCCACAUUAUAUGUGGUAAAAGUUAUUAAUGUCUCCAUUAGAUUUAAUUUAGUGAUUUGGGACACAUGACAAGUAUAGCCUCUAUGCAUUUUUAACAUGUUACUAUCUGAGAUUAAGAAUUGGUAAAGUAUUUUAUAUUUGCAAACAAAAGAAGACGAUAUAUGUGAUUGCAAAUACUGUAGUUCUGUACCUAGUAAGAGAACAGCUCUGUAAGGUAAUUUUUAUUCUAAUUUUAAGGCCAUAAAUGAGGACAGUGUUCCUAUUUUGAGUGAUGGUAUUUAAAUAUACUUAAAUAAUGUACUGAGUUAGUCUAUUGUAAUUCAUGAAAACUUGGUGAUCCUCUUCAUAAUUAGGGCAUUGAAUCCAAAUCCAGGUACAUUUUUGUCAAGUCCCAGUUUGCUGUCAUGAGAAAAUGAUUAUCUGUUUUUCUUAUUGUCAAUGAUGAAUAGUUUAUACAAUGCAAUUAAUAGAUUCUCACAUAUCAUUUUGGCAUGUGGUCAUUCAAAAUCUGAAGUGUGUGUAGAUAUUCAUAAUGUAUGGUUGAAUAACACACACACUUUUUUUAAUGCAGGCAUUGUUUAAAAAAAUUAAUAGAUAUCCAUAGAUGAGUUCCUUAAUUCCAGCUUUCAAUAUGCCUUAUCUUCUCCAUUAUGGCAAACUUGUCGAAGUGGUUAGAAAGCAUGAAUUAUUCAUAUAAUGUACAUAGGAAGAAGUCUUGGUCCGGCAUUUGGUAUGAUGAGUCUAUAUUAGAGUUUGAUUUUUUGUAAAGGAUAAUAAAAAGAUCUUGUUAUAGUAGUGCCUCCUGAGGAACAGAUUUUCUAGAACUUAUUUUUUCUGUCAGACAGCAAGAUGGGAUUACCUGUAACUUAUUUUUGUUGUUAUCCUCAGUUGAAACUUGAAAAUUAACGUGUAUAUUUAUUUACUAUUGAUUAUUCCUAAGAUGAAAUGAAAAAGGAUUUAUGUAUAGCUAAUAUGAAAAAAACGGGAUAGGAAGAUAAGAUUUUUUUAUGUAUAAUAUCGAUGCUCAUCAGUACCUAAAAUAUGAUGGCACCGUGCCAUUGUCUAAUUCACUGCUAACUGUUAAAAUUUCUGCAUCAUCAUGAAACUUUCACCACCAAUUUUAAAACCUGCUUUUGACCAUUUAUAGGUCCAUUUCUAUGACCAAGGAUAUUGAAGACAGUAAUAAAGUAAUUUAAUUAGACACUAAACUCCCUAUCUGAAGUUAUCAUUUGUAAUAAAGUACAAUGAACAGGAAAGGUUAAAAAUGGCCCUGAAAUGGGUCAAAUGAUAUAAAAAGGGGAUUGCUAAUUUGAAUCACUCACUUUUCCAUUGAUAAAUAUAGAGUUGUGUGGUGAUCACUGAAUAUGAAAAGACUUGUAUUGUUAAUAUAAUGACCAGCAUAAUGAAAUAAUAAAUAAAUUGGUUGUCAGUGUGUCUUGUUACUUAAGAGAAUCUCAGUUAUUAUGAUACUUAUGUAAUGGAAAGAGCUUUUUGGCUCAGUUGGUAGUGCUCUGGACUUUUAACUCAUUUUGUGCAAUUCAGUCCCAUGGCCAGGCAGGGUUGUUGAGGCAUUUGUGUGCUGGGUUGGCCACCAGCCAAGUCAGUGCCCUAGGCUCUGCUAAUCCUCACCUGUGGGGUUACCACCCUACAAAGAAUGGGAAAUUGCAUGAAGGAGGACUUGGGUAAUUGUAAAUUUUUCAUUCAGGAUGUGGAAAGAGGCCUUUAUUGUGUUUUGUGCUGAUUUGAACUCAAACAAUGUCAUGUAAAUUUUACUUGAAAGUAAAGUACAGUAUGUUUAAGGAAUGUUUAACGUAUAUAAUAUUUUUCACACAUACAUAAAAGUAAAUUGAACUUAAGUGUUAAUGGUAAUCUGAAAGUAAAUGUCAAAACUACAGAAGAUUGAACUGUUGAAUGAUAUGCUUGUGCAAGAUACUUGUACAGUAUAGUAUUAUACUUAUCAUGUAUACUUCUUAUUCCAACUACAGGAGCUUAUGGCUUUGAUUGGUUACUUGUGUGAUCUCUUCUGGGAGUGAAAUAAGCAUGAAGUCAGUGGCUCUUAGGCAUGUCUUACUGUAGCAUAUACACAGUACAAUACUGUACUUAUAACUGAAAGGCUCUUAAGUGCAUAUGUAUUGUUUUAAACCUAGAGCACUUAGCAGGGGGUGAGGCUCUCAACUUACCUUAAAGAUAUGCAGUGAUCAUAUAUAUUUAUGAUUAUUUUAUGAAUACUUUCUUGAAUAAGUAUUUCACAUUUCAGAUAUUUUGCUAAAAGUUAUUUGUACUUGGAAAUUAUUUUGCUUAUACUGUAUUGUGUAUAUAUAUGUGUUAAAUUGCUGGGUCAGGAACAAAAAUAAGAUUUUAUUUCCCAAGAAAUUGUGAUUGUAUUCGCCAAAAAUAUAAUAAAAAUUGAUCUGUAAUAUUUAAGAAAAAAGUAGUUUAUUGAAAUUUUUAAUAAAUAAGUUUGAGAACUUUCUGUCUGUUUGUGCUUUCAAAUUUGAGUGGAGCAACCUAUAGUGUGAUGGUCAACAUGCUCACCUCAGAAGUAAGUGGUUCUGGAUUCGAUCCUCAGGCAGGGUAAAACUAUUAUAUUGUCAAUUUUCUAUGCCACAUGCCUCUGUCUACCCAGCAGUAAUUGGGAACUUGGAAGUUAAUUGAUUUGUGGAUCAUGUUCCAGGUUAAUGGUUAACCAGUGCAGUUGUCGAAUUGUCCGGUCUUCUUGUGUUAUUCCUUAACACUGGGUCACACACACCUAGUUAACUUAGAGUGUGGUGGUUGUGUUGGCAACAGCACCUUAACCUUAAACAAAUUCAUGCCCAGGUGGCCCUAGGGCCGGCCAUCCUCAAGCACGAGGGUCAAUCAUUAUACUGUAUGACACUUAGUUCUAUCAGAUGUACAUACAAUAAAAAUAUGGAAAUAAAUGGUGGUAGCUUUGCUGAAACAAGAUACAGUGCGAGUGAUUUUACACCUUUGCUUCACCUUCUUGAUAUAGAAGGAAGUUUGCUUGUGUCUUGCUUCUCUCUACAUUUAUUUUUUUACCCUUUCUCUAGUGUCCUAUCCUGAUAGAUUUUACAUCAUGGUUGCCAUACCUUGUUACACUAUCCAAAUAACUUGCAUACUGUGAAAUAAAAUAUAUUACUCUUU